AUGAUUUGGAAUAGAUUAUUAGCACUUAUUUCGUUGUUGGUCUUGGUCACUUCCAGAGCCCAAGGAGAUGAAUAUGCAAAUGAUGACAACAUUUUUGAAUUAACCCCUUCGAAUUUUGACAAAGUUGUUCACAAGUCAAAUUAUACCACCAUUGUCAAAUUUUAUGCUCCAUGGUGUGGUUACUGUCAACAGUUAAAGCCAACCUACAAAAAGUUGGGUAAAUAUAUCCACGAGAAUGCCAAGUAUGCUGUUAAUGUUGCCAGUGUUAAUUGUGAUAAAGAAUACAAUAAACCAUUAUGUUCACAAUAUCAAAUACGUGGUUUCCCAACCUUAAUGGUCUUUAGACCUCCAAAGUAUCAAAGUGGUAAGCCAACUAGAAAACAAAACCAUGCAAGUGAAGUCUAUCAAGGUGAGAGAAAUGUCAAGGCUAUGACAAAGUUUUUAACUUCAAGAUUAAAGAACUAUGUUACCAAAUUCCACAAUGUCAACUCAAAUGGUAUUGCCGAAUGGUUACAGGAAGAAAAGCCAAAUGUCUUGCUCAUCACCAAUACCAACCUGAUUAGUCCAUUGCUAAAAUCUAUUGCCAUUGAUUUCCUUGAUAGAGUCAAUAUUGGUAUAAUUACAAAACUUAACUCAGAGCCACGCACUAUUGAAGUUGAUGGGAAUGAAGUAGAAAUUCCAGCCGCAACUAAAUCAACAUUGCUCUACUUUGACAAGGAUAACAAGAAGUUUGUUACAUAUGAUAAGUCUGACAAAUUAAAUGAUAAGGAAGUCAUUUCCGAAUGGAUAAUCAAACAAACUAAACAACAGCCUAUAGAAGGUCCAUUGUCAAAGAAAGAGAAGAAAUACUACUACAAGUACAGAACAGGAAAGAAAAAGAUUGAACAUGAUGAAUUAUAA